GUGUGUAGCUCUGGUCAGUGUACUGUAAACGACUCCUCCAGCUCUACCGCGGCAGCAGCGGCGGUUCCAAAGGCUUGUUUUACUCCAUUUUAAGCGAAAAAAGAAAUGAGCUAGAAGACUCGAGCAUGCCUAGUUACAUAGUUUAGCUAGUUUUGUGCUCGUCUGCGUUGUCUACAGGAGCCCUGCGGACCAUAUAUUGCAAAAAGAAGCAGUUUGUUGCUUUCGGCUGUCGUCGGAUUUGACCUGCUUCCAUCUAAAUCAGCAGUGUGCCUUUUCCAAAUGACUGAGACGCAGUGAAGCAGAAAAACUCCAUCCAAGUACAUUCAGUACUGUUGUGGAUUCGGAUCUAGUUGCAGGAAUCUCCAAGAUAGAAGAGGUUUGUCGCGUUCGAUUCUGAGGCUGGGACUGAUCUGCGGGAUAUUUUGCAAAUGACCAUUUUCUGUUUAACUACUGACGUCCUGAACAGGAUUUGCGGUCCGUCAAUGAGGAACUACAGGCUCAUCUUUUGCCAUAACCUGAAGCAGCCAUAGAUGGUCUAUCAAUUUACUGCUAGUGAGUAGAGCAGAGGAUACAAUAAACAUCUGGAUUUUAAAAUUAAAACCUGAGCAACUGAAGUGGUGCGGCUGUGGAAGCGAUGAGGAAGAGCCUCUCUCGUACCCUGAGUGAGUCCCUAAACACAGCCAGGGUGUUCGGUAUUCCUCUGGAGGAGGUGCAGCAGAGCGGGCAGCCGGGUCAGGAGGUUCCCCUGUUAGUUAGGACCAUCGUGGAAUACAUUGAAGAGCAUGGGGGCUUGGGACUUGAAGGUCUGUUCCUGGUGAACGGAAAUGCAGAGCAUGUUGAAUGGCUGCGGCAGCGCUAUGACAGUGGUGAGGAGGUGAAUUUGGCAAAGGAGGCAGAUCUGGCCUCAGCCGUCAGCCUACUGCGCCUCUUCCUGCAGGAGCUUCCAGAGCCCAUCAUUCCUGCAGACCUACAAACACACAUACUGCACCUUUAUCAAGAAGACAGCGGCGAAAACGAGUUGGUGGGAAACAUGAAAUAUGUCUUGCAGCAGCUCCCCCAGGUGAACUACAGCUUGCUGCGCUUUCUCUGCCGCUUCCUCGCUAACGUGGCUUCUCUUCAGGUGGAGAGCUGGAGCAUCGGCGCCCUCGCUGCCGUCUUUGGUCCCGACAUCUUUCACUUAGAUACAGAUGUGGAGGAGCUGAGGGAGCAGGAGUCAGUCAGCCGCAUUCUGGCUGAGCUGCUUGAGAACUGGGAGGACUUUUUUGACACCGAGGAUGAUCUUUCCACUAGUAAUGACUACAGCUCCAUUAACGAACAGAUCACUGAGCUCCUGGAGGACGAGAAGAUAGAAGCGUGUGAGGAGCUCCUGCAGGAUGGCGAGGACGGUCCUUCUUCCCUUUCCGCCAAACAUUCAAACGUCACCCCUUCUUCUAGAGAAAAGUUCGAGUCACUUCAACAACCUUCUGCGUGCACAGCGACGUCUUGGUUUGUGCGAGUGACAGAAUUCUUCCGCAGACGUUGUGGAAAUCUAAAAAGCUUGCAUAUCACUUCUAUCAGCAUUCUUCCAAGAACUGCAGGUAUCCUCCGGAGAUCCAUCCAGCAAUUUCUGGACCUACAAAGCUCCAUAGACCAAGAUCUCAGCAGCUAUGAAAGCCAAGAGUCAUCCUGCCAAGCUGGCCUGGGGGACCAUACAAGUGAGAAGACUGUAGGUGCAGAGUCUCGUGGAAGAGAAGAGAGGGCUGAUGCUGGAUCGACCUCUGGUGCAGAUCCCGACCAACAUGCAGAAGAUGAAGAGGCAUUUCAAGGUUCCCCACUUAGUGGCCUUGUGCCAGAGCAGAAUCUCAAAAUGGACCUUGACAACGAGGCUCUCGUAGAUGCCGAGAACAAUAUUAACACAACUCCAAGGAUACAAAUGUACCUUGAAUGCGAGCUCAUGGAAGAGACUGAUGUUGCCACCUCUGAUUCUGCUGCAGAUGUGUGUGAUCUGAAUGCCAACACAGAAAGCAGAGAGCAGCCCAACCUGAAUUCUCAUCAAGUUCAAGCCUACUCUGUCCUCCAUGACCGAGAACAAGAAGCCUCAUGCCCCUACAAUUUCCCCUGCAUAGACUUCACAUGUAUGCACUUGCAGACUGAAGGGCAUGAUCCCAUUCCAGUGUUCAUGUCAUGGCAGGAGGAGAGUGAAUCUGGAGAAGCACAGUUGUCUCCACUGGCAGGACGCAUGUUGCCACUGCCUCUAGGGGAAGAUGCACAGCCCUUACUGGCACGUCACUUCCUGGAUUUCGGUCACAGUCAGCGCUUCCUGCAGCAGGAUUCCGAUGCCACGUCUUCAAAUAAAGCACUGUCCUGUGGAAGGUCCCGCCGGGCCUCCUUCAGCUCCAAGGAAAGUACAAAGGGGGACAGUGUCUGUCAGCAGCUCACCAAGAAACUCCAGAACAUCAAGAAAAAAAUUAAGCAGUUUGAAGAACAGUUUGAAAAAGACAAGAACUACACGCCAUCUCAUGCUGACAAGGCAGCUAAUCCCAAAGUCCUGAAGUGGAUGACCGACCUCACCAGGAUCCGUAAACAGCUUAAAGCAGGACGACAGCACCUCUUACCCAAAGCUUCCUUGAGGCACCAGGCAGUGCUUCACUUUCACAGACGCCACUCGUCCGCUCUGAACACACCUUAUUUUACACAGUCACGCCCCCUCACUGUCUCUAGACAGACACCCCACUUCUAUGCCAAACACAAGGCAGAGAGUGAACUGACCCCACAGACGCGCCCACGCAGCAACACACUGCCUAAGAGCUUUGGCUCUACAUUAGAACACUCAAGUUCUAGAGGCCUUGCUGAGAGAGAUGGUGAGGGACGGGGAUGCCGGCCCACCCAUGAAGAGACGCUGCAGCUCAUUGAGCAACAUCUACGAACCAAGCGAGAGGAGGACGGCUGGCCCGAGGACAUCAGAAAAAUGACCAAGGAGCAGCUCGCCUGUGAGAAGACAGUGCUGCAAAAGAACUUAUUGUAUUACGAGGGACUGCAUGGUCGUCCUGUCACGCGUGAAGAACGAUUGAUUGUAAAACCACUGUAUGACCGAUACCGGCUGGUGAAACAGAUGCUAACCCGUGCCAGCAUCACUCCCAUUAUUGCCUCGCCCUCAAGCAAGAGACGCAAUCAGACCCUGCAGCCCAUCAUCGAGGGCGAGACUGCACAUUUCUGUGAUGAGAUCAAAGAGGAAGAGGAGGAAGAGGUGGAAGAGGAUGAGCAGGAAAGUGGAGAGAUGGAGAGUGAGGAGUCAGCGGUCAUUAUCGCAUUGGACCCUGCAGCCCAGCCCACCAACCUGCAGCCUGUGCCUGACAACAUUCUGAGGCCUAAGAUGGGAGAAAGCUCGGGCAAGUUGAACCUUGACCUGCGUCUGUCCAGCUCUAACGCCUCCUCCAUGCCUGAGCUCCUGGAGCAGCUGUGGAAAGCCAGAGCAGAGAAGAAGAAGCUGAGGAGGACCAUUCGUGACUUUGAGGAGGAGUUCUACAAGCAGAAUGGAAGGAACGUACAGAAGGAGGACCGCGUGCCCAUGCUGGACGAGUACAAGGAGUACAAACGCAUCAAAGCCAAACUGCGCCUGCUCGAGGUCCUCAUCAGCAAGCAGGACUCUUCCAAGUCCAUCUAAAGUCCAGCAUGCAGCAUCAACAUCCAUGUCUAUAUUCCAUCACCUAGCAAGUGAACGCUCUCAAAGAAUCAACAGAAGGAUGUUCUCUCUGUCCCGAACGUUUUUGGUUUUGUUUCGUUUUGCCUGCGUGGUUUUGUUUGAUCAUAGUCAGGAGCCCUCAGCAUGAAGAGGGACGCACUCUGCGUUGGAACUGAUUCAUCAGAAGUGUGUGUGGACAACAAGAACAGAACUUCCAACCACAUCCACAGUCAGCGUCUUUCUCAGACUUGCGCCAUUUAUUCACGCAACAUCUCCGAAAUCCCGGGGACGUGAUACACUAAUAUUGUUUUUUCCGGACAGAAUUCUGUGCAAGAAUCAUACUCUGUGUAUCCACAAGAUGUGUGUGUUACAGUAGGUUUCAUCUAAGCGAAGUUACUGAUAUACUCUAAAUGUUACUGUGUUUUUUUCGUAGCUAAUCUCUAACAAGAGAAACGGAACUUGGUGCUCUUUUUUUUUUUUUUUUUUUUGUUUGUUUGUUUUAACAAACAUGACUUCUUCUCAGUGACGGAGCAGAUCAGACUGAUCAGAGAAUUUAACAAUGAACUGAAGAUUGAUACUGUGUAGUUGUUCCUUCUCGGGUUUUUUUUGGCUCCGUGUUUGUGUACUAUGGAACUAGAUGUAUAUUUAUUUCUAACGUUUCUUCACUCUUCCUCUUGGAUUCACGUACAAAUAAUGGAUCACAGACUCGACGAGGCAAAAAUAUCUAAAGCCGACGUUAAAAAGAUUAGUUCCUCACUCAUAGGGUCGUUCCGUGCUCACUCGCGUCUCACACUCGGGACGUUAUCGUUCAACCCGAGGUUAGUUAAUGAGCCUGGCCGGCGGAAGGUCACGCCACGAAGCAGUGGUGUGUGUCCUUUGGAGCAGUGCAGCGUUACUGAAAUCCUGAUUGGUCGAGUACAGUUGGAACCGAUCACCAGCUCAACACUGGCAUCAUUCUGUCUUGCAGAAUAUGUCAAGCUGUACAUGCUACGGAAAAAAGACUGUAGCGUGUCGUCAUGGACACGUGUGUAAUUUCCUGCGUUAUCGUGGACUCGUUGAAAAGAGAUGUUCCUCCUGGAGAACACUGUAGCUCAGUGCAGUAACCACUGCUGCACUGAAACCAUGACAAUUAUCAUAGAUCACACAUUUAUAAACGUCUAACUUGUAUUUUCUUCUCAUGCUUGAUCAAGCAGCACGAAAAGUAAAAAAAGAAAAAAAAAGGAACUGUU